AUGCAACCUCAGGGUGUUCCAACUAAUAUGAAAGCUGUUGUCAUCCAUGAUGACAAGGCUCUUGUGAAAACUGAUGUUCCAGUUGCUACUUAUAUACCGGAAGGUCAUAUGCUAAUUAGGACAAUUGCAGUAGCAUUAAACACAUCUGAAUGGAAACAUAUCGAUUAUAAGUUAGCCAAAAAUGGGGCUAUUAUGGGUUGCGAUGUUGUUGGUGAGGUCAUACUUUUAGGGUCACCAGCAUUCUCAGAGUUUGGUAGAAGAGAUUCUACUGGUGGCGGAAUUUCCCCUCAGGAAUUUAAAGUUGGUGAUUAUGUUUAUUCUUUUGUUCAUGGUUCAUCUAAUAGAACUCCUGACAAUGGCGCCUUGGCAGAAUAUGUAGUUGUUGAUUCUGCCACUACUCUUCUUGCUUCAAAAGAUUGGAAAUCUGUUGGAAAAUCCACCGAUAUCAUUGCUCCAGGGCCUGUGAAGUCAUUGGAGGCCGCUGUUUCUUUGCCUGUUUCCUUAACUACCGCUGGUGGUAUACUAUUCCAUGACUUAAGGAAUAAAUUAGAAUGGGAACCAUCAAAGCCACAAAAUGAUUUCCCAUUGCUAGUUUGGGGUGGUGCUACUGGUGUCGGGUUAUUGGCUAUUCAAUUAGCAAAAAGAACACAUUCUUAUAGUAAGAUUAUCGCAGUUGCCUCCAAGAAACAUGAAGCUUUGUUGAAGGAAUUUGGUGCUGAUGAUGUAUUUGAUUACCAUGAUAAAGACGUUGUUCAACAAAUAAAGAGUAAAUAUAAUAAUAUUCAACAUUUAAUCGACGCCGUUUCUGAACAAUAUACGAUUAGACAAGUUUAUCAAUGUGCAGCUGACGACUUACCCGUUACUAUUAUGCAACUUGUAUUUUUGACAAUUAAUGAUAUUCCACCUGAAAUUCGUAGAGAUAAUAUUAAGAUUAUUAGCACCUUAAUUUAUUCUGUGACAGGUUAUGAAGUUGAAAUAGGUGAGUAUACAUUCCCUCCAAAUCCAAUCUAUAGAAGAGAUGUGGCAAAAUUUAUUAAUUUUAUUGCACCAAGAAUUCAACAAGGCGGCAUUUACAAUAUGCCUGUUAAAAUCUGUAGAAAUGGCUUAGAUGAUGCACCUGAAUUGAUUGAUAAAUUAAGAAAGGGUGAGGUCAGAGGUGAAAAACUUGUCACGAUUUUGUGA